CUUGUCUGCAUCUGUCCAAGGCAGAGUGCGAAGUCAUGUGCCCGUCAGCGAAAGCGUUCCCAUCCCGGCCGAAGUGUCUGCUUGGGCUAGAUCCGACCCGACGUGCGUCGGGGCUCGUGCCGCCUCGCCCUGCCUCUUUCGAGACCUGAGCCACCUCCCAACCGCUGGCUGGAGAGAGAGAGACACCCACUGCACACACACUCUCUCUCUCUCUGCACAUGCUGCACACACACCCACGCGCGCACACACACCUACAUGCACAUGCACAUGCACAUGGCCUUGUGGCACACCCAGGAACCAUGAGCCGGCGACAAAACUCCAGCUGCGACCAGUGUAGGAAGGGUAAAAGAGCCUGUGACGCCGUCUGGCUACGCGACCAGCGGGCGCUCGAUGCGCCCAACACGGCUACAAAGCCCCCGCAGGCCCCGGGCAACCCAGCCAUAUCGAGUCAUGGAGGCACAGAUGACCAGGCUGACCUGCUGGGCCCGUGUACAAACUGCGUCAGGACAAACAAGCACUGCACCUUCGAGUGGGUCCACAGCCAGCAGAUCAACCGAAAGGAGAAGCAGCAGCAGCAGCAGCAACAACAGCAACAACAACAACAGCAACACCCACACCACCACCAGCAGCAGCAGCUUGCCUCGGAUGUGUCGACCACGACGCCCUCGGCAAACAAGCCGCCAGGGCCAGGGCCAGGGCCCGCCGCCGCCCCCGCCGCUGCCCCGUCGGCCAUCCCCUUGCGCCCUCUCCAUCCCUCACCCCAGGUAUUGACAUUCGAUGCAUCUUACGCCCCCCGCCCAGACAACAGCACUCUUGCCCAGGACCAGCUUGGCCUUGAGGGCUGCCCGUACCCAGUCCCCGCCACCGACAGGUUUCAGCCCGCUGCAGUCUUCCGGGACGCCUCGCUAACCCCUUCGUUUCUGCCUCUGGACGUGAGGGACAAUGGCCAGCAUAUACAGCCUCAUUUCAUGCCCGACAACAGCCACCUCACCGAUUACGGCCUCGGUUCGUUCUCCGCCGCCCCGCCGCCCCAGCCUGAUGCCUUGCACACUGCUCCCGAGGCUCUCGGUUCCUUCGGUCCAGACGUCUGGUCCAGCCCAGCCUCCAUGGCCGUCAGCAGUCCCACCUCUUCCGAUGACCUCCAUCAUGUCCGCAAGAGGCGCAGGACGAGCACAGGCCGCGCAGUCAUCCACCUGCCCACCUCCACCCCCCCGUGGGAUUUGAUGUCGGGCAGCCGCCUGUCUUCGACUACCAACAGCUUCAUGAUCGGGGAGACCAUGAUGAAGAUCUACCACGACGUCAUGGAGGGCGCCUUGUCCUGUUGGCUGGUGGAGCAUACCUGCCCCUACAAGUCCCUGCCCUCAACCCCCAGCUCUACCAGCAGUGACAGUCACCAGUUUGCCCCUUUCCAGAACAUGCCACCCGACUGGGGCCCGGACUGGUCUAACCGCGUAUAUCGACGCGUCAUGAGGCUCGACCGCAUGGCAAGCUUGCUUGGGAUAAAGAAACUGAGCCCGGCCGAGGAGAGGAAGGUGUCGCACGCGCUGAACUCGGCCGUCAUGGCUUUUACCGCGCAGUGGGCACAGUCGAGUGAGAGGAGCAGAGCAAGAUGGUCUGCCGGCGACAGCCUGGACCUGUCGCACAUGUUCCGCCCGCCCGAGCCCGACCUGGAGGAAGAAUUCGACCGCACCUUGCAAAAGUCAUUUUGGAACCAGGCCCGCAGGGCCCUCGAUGAUUGCAGCGACAUCGACUCCUUCAGGGUGGUCUUCGCCGAGAUCAUAUUCGGCCUGACGCAGAAGUACACCGACAAUCUUGCACAACGACCAGAUCAUGCUGGUUCCGCCCGAGAUUUUGACGCCUCGGAAGCUGUCGAGGAAAUCCUGCGCGAGGACAGUCAACAAAUCUGGCUGGAACGAGCGACGAGGCGACUGCAUGUCUUACGACGUCGUGUCGAGCUGCACGACAGGAACAUCCAAGCCAAGGACGACAAGAGCCACAGACGCUGCGAUGACGAGUCCAAAAGGACGAUUGAUCUUCUCUUCUGGCUGGCAGUCAUGUUCGAUACAAUCAGCGCCGCCAUGACAGAAAGGCCCCUGACGGUUUCAGACGAAGACAGUGGCAGCGUGGCCUUUGCACAUUCCUCUGCCUCUGUCUCGGCAAGUGCGGCAAAGCAAUGGAACCUUAUACUGAGCAAGGACCAGCAAACAAAGGUCGCUGGGCUGCGUCUCCCGCUAGCGGACGAUGUUAUUGCCCAGGAGCUAAUAGACGCUGCGCCUGUCAAGGUGCUUCUCUAUCGAAAAGUCACCCGCCUUCAGUCCUUAAUUGCCCGCGAUGUGGAAGACGAGACGAUACAAGACGCCAUAGAGGACUCGUUGAUGGUUUGCCGGCACUGGGGCCGUUUAUACCAUCCGCUAUUUGCCGACUGCAUUCACAACCACCUGUCCCUCUCCGCUCGUAUCCAGAGCUGGUACGUGUGCCUGCUCGGGCACUGGUUGCUUGCCACUCUCUUGUUGGCGGAUCUGGUCGAAUGCGUGGACCAGCAAGCCUCGCGCUCCGAGUUUGCAUCUUGGGCUCGGGCCAAGACGAGAGAAGCUCGCCACAUACGGUCAGAAAGCGUCCGCAUGAUCUCUGACCUUGCGAAAGCCUCCACACCCCGCCACGACGACUACGGGGAAUUGGUCAACUUCCACCAUGCAGUGAGCGAGGGUGCCUUAUUGACUGAGCCUUGGACCAUGAUCUUAAUCAGGACUUUCUCCCGGGCAGCAGUCAUCCUCCUCGAAGGCAUGGGACUGUCUGGAGUUGACGGUACCAUCUUGCCGGAGACCUCUGUUGAUGAACUCAGGGAUAAUUCAGACCGCUGUCAAGAUUGUGUGAGGGCUUUGUGGUACCUGGGACGAAAGUCUGACAUGGCGAGAGAAGUUGCAAACGUCCUUGGGCUCUCCCUUCAUCGCACCAGAAUGAGGGUCCAUGUUUGAGACUUCAUCUCCCAUGAAACCUGUGCAGGACUACACCCAAAAUUUGGGCAGUAGUCAUAAGAGUCCAUCCAGGGCAAAGGUAUUGUGAGCCUACGUGCGUGAGGUUGCCCGAGGUGAUGUUUCUUCGCUUAGGUACUACAGCCAAACUAGUAAGCGUUCCUGAUACUUGUAUAGUAUUGACCCGUAUAUGAUAC